GAUAGGAAAUUAUAGAAAGAGGCAGGCAGGAGCGGUGUAUACUAGGAAGAAAGAGCUGAAAAAAAAGCUCCAAGUGGAUACAAUAUGUUUGUCUCUGAAUACCUGUGCCAAGAACUGGCUAAAGGCACACCAAGACAAAUUGCCAUGUCUAAUGCCUCAAAGGAGUGGAAGAAAAUAAAACAUCAGGGCAAAGAUGAAACGUACGUAAAUAAAGCAAAAGAAAUAAUUCUUCCAAGUCCAGAAACUAUGACGGAAAGUCCAAAACAUUUGGCAAUUACAAGAAUUGUGAAGGACAUAGAGGCAAAGAUUGAAGAAUUAGGAAAGUUAGGCGGUGAGGGCCUUGCUGUUAUAUUUGUUCCAGCCUCAGGGAAGUUAUUAAAGACCGGAACCACAGAAGCCAUUAAAUAUCUAGAGACGUCUGAUAUCGAUGUUAAGUUUUCAAAAUUUAUAAGUG